AUGGUUUCGGCCGACGCAGCUCGCAACGUCGUCGGCAUCAUGGGCAAUUGCAUCUCCUUUUGCCUCUUCCUCUCCCCUGCGCAGACAUUUGACCGGAUCUGCAAGAACAAGGACGUGGAGCAGUUCACGCCGGACCCUUACCUGGCGACGCUCAUGAACUGCCUGCUCUGGUUGUUCUACGGCCUCCCCAUCGUCCACCCCAACAGCUUCCUCGUCAUCACCAUCAACAGCAUCGGCAUCAUCAUCGAGACAAUCUACCUCUCCAUCUUCUUCCUCUACUCGCCCCCAAAGAAGCGGCUAAAGAUACUUAUCGUUGUUGGCUUUGAGGUGGCGUUCGUGGCGUCCGUGGUGGUCGGAGUGCUCCUCAGCGCCCACACCUACGAGGACCGCUCCAGGAUCGUCGGCAUCAUCUGCAUCAUCUUCGGCACGAUUAUGUAUGCCGCCCCGCUCACAGUCAUGGGCAAAGUUAUCAAGACAAAGAGCGUGGAGUAUAUGCCGUUCACCGUUUCUCUGGUGAACACUAUCAACGGCUGCUGCUGGCUAUCCUAUGGACUGAUAGGGAACGACCCCUACGUGACGAUCCCUAAUGCCAUCGGUACAGUUUUGUGCAUCUUCCAGCUGAUCCUUUACCUGUGCUACUACAAGUCGACCCCCGUCAAGGAGCAGAAUGUCGAGUUGCCCGCCGCCGCCACAGAGAACUAA